AUGACGAUUGUUAGUUUGGUGAAGCCAACGCGACGGGGCAGCUCAUUGAGGAAGCGUUCCCUCUGGCUCCCCAUAAUCGCCCCUAAAGAGGAUGCUACGAAUUCUGGUCUCAACCUUCCGGUGGCCACCAGAACUAAAACUACACGGUCCCGUGUGCGGUUUCCGCCACGGUCUCGAACCGGCUGCUGGUAUGUCUUCCUGCCUCAAGAUGCUGCAAUCCAAUGUACCCGCUUGGGCCACACCUGUGACUAUCGACCCCGUUUGUGCUUUCGCGAUGAUACCCGUCGAAUCAUGGAACGAAUGUCCGAUGUCAUUAUAACGGGGAACAUGAUAUGGGAUCGUGGGUGGUCCUCUGACGUAUCGAAGACACCCAAAAGCCCCAUCACAAACUUGUGUCAUAAUCUGCCCUCCUUUGUGAUGCUCACGUCGGAUGAAGAUCGGGAAAAGAAAGCAGAAGCCUCUAUCCCUGGCACCUAUCAUGUUAUUGUCAUCCCGGAGAGCUUCGCUCACCUUCCAGAGUACACCGAGUGCACUCCAGAGAAGGAUGGGAGAGAUCUUGUGGCCAGUCCGCUCUUGAUCACCAGCGGAGGAGAUCAAGACAGAGACGGUCUCCUCGAGGACGAUCCGAACGUAGUGAUCCUAAAGGGGUUUGGGGACUCGCGAAGAUAUUCUAUCAACCGUAAGAGUACCGGGCCGUCACUGAAAGCUGAUUUGCAGAGUCCUUCCAUUGAUGUACCUUCAGCCCCACCCACCAUUGCGCACGGAAAUAGUAGAGAGCACAUGCCUGAGCUAGUGGGACAUGAUAAUAUAUUGCUCGAGCAUUUCCGCGACGUGGUAGUAGUACAACUGAUUCCCGAGAUGAGCAUGGGUGGCUGCCCAAAUGGCAGUUCUAUGUUAAGCAGUGAGAUCUUUGAACAGAAGGCAGCUAGGCUUCCUCGCCUAUAUCAUGCGAUACUGGCUUUAUCCGCCCUCAGUUUGUCUCGGCAAGGCAGUGGUCUCAAUAUGGAUGCGUUGCAGUACUAUCACCGUGCCUUGGCUUCCUUGGAGGAGGAGGUUCCUGGGGAUGAAGAUCUCCUGUCAGACGGAGUUUUGCUAACACACUUUUUGCUACUUGUAUAUGAGAUUUCAGCAGCACAACUUGACGAUUCAAACCUACGACCGUACCACACCUCCCAAUUGCUUCACAUCGCGCACCGAAGGCAAUCUGCCUAUGGAGCGGAAAGAUACCCUUUCCUCCUGUGGUGGGUUUGCUACAUUGAUUUGUACGCCCUUCUGAGGGGGGUGGGAACCGGGGAAUUUGUCAAGGCAGCCAUAGAAAGCCGUUGGCUCCCCUCCGUGGAAUCCCUGCUUGCCCCUGAUGGACUCGAAACCUCGAGUCCGGUUCAUCCUGAGGAGCGUAGCAAUCUACUUUUGCUUUUGGAGCGCUUACACCAUGACACUUUAGCACUAGCCCUCCGAAUUGGCCUCCUGGUGUUGGAAGCGAGAAAAAGUCUGUUGUCGUAUCCCGGCACCCAAGUUGGUAUGUGGCAAAACGCUGAGGAGUUGCGCGAAGAACUCCAAAGGCUCUGGGGUUCCCCGGAGGCACACUUCUUAAUACAGAACCAGUCCGUUCUUCCGAAACGGCCACGAAAUCUACUGCAACAGAGCCAGGUACUCUUUCAUACGACACUCCUCCUGUCCUACAUCAGCCUCUGGCCUGGGCAACGCACGGGACGGGAAACCUCAUCCACGGACGGGGACGGGGAGGCUCAGUACCAAGCCAGCGUCAUACUUCACCUGGCUGAGGACAUGAUCCUGCCAGCCCACGAAAGUGGCCGGCAUGUUAUCAUCUUCCCCAUCUUCCUGGCUGGGACGGUCGCGAGAUCUAGUGGGCUCAAAAUCCGGGCAUGGGAGCUGCUCUCGAGCCUGGAAGAAGAAGAAAUGGGGUAUCAUGCGUCGUCGACCUGCCACCAGUUGCAGCUGGUGUAUGAGCAGCAGAUGCAGCAGACCUGGGACGGCAGCGAAACUCCAUGGAUUGACUGUGUUGAAUUGCUGGGGGAACGAGGAAGCCACUGCUCUCUGGCCUGA